AUGGGUUUACGGGAAUGGCCAGGCUACCUGCCCCUUAUCCCCAUUCUGCAGAAAUACAAAAAAGACGACUUCAGUCACGAUCUGGUCGCCGGCCUGAUUGUCGGCAUGGUGACCAUCCCCCAGGCCGUGGCCUAUGCUUUUCUCGCCGGGGUGCCGCCAGAAGCCGGUUUGUAUGCUUGUCUGGUACCCAUGGUGUUGUACGCACUCUUCGGCAGCAGCCGACAGAUGGUGGUGGGUCCGGUUGCGGUAGCCGCUCUGUUAGUGGCUGCGACCGUGAGUGAAUACGCGCCAAAGUUCAGCGACGAAUACCUGCAGAUCACCACUAUCAUCUGUUUGCAGGCGGGUCUUUUUCUGUGGAUCUUACGAUUAUCGCGCAUGGGCGGCCUGGUUAACCUCUUGAGCCACCCGGUGAUCACCGGCUUUGUAAACGCCGCCGCGAUUCUCAUUAUUGUCAGUCAGAUUCCCGCUUUUACCGGCAUUGAAAGUGAAUCAUCUCAGCCGCUGUCGGUGAUCACGGCACUGGUCACUGCGUUACCACAGAUUGAUCGGCUGACCCUGGUUACCGGUGCUGUGGCGCUCACACUGCUGCUUACCUGGCCGCGCAUCCUGCCGCCUCUGAGUCGACUUGUGGGCAUGGCUAUUGACGAUACUCAUCCCGCUACCAAGGUGGGUCCGAUGAUCGUUGCUACACUUGCUGUGGUCUGGGCAACCCUCAGCGGGGCCGACCAGCAGCUGGCAACCGUUGGAGUUGUGCCUGCAGGAUUACCGGAAGUGUCACCACCACCUCUCGACUUUGAUCUGUGGCUCGCCCUGUUACCCUCUUCAGUGGUUAUCGCGCUGGUGUCCUAUGUGGAAAGUUAUUCCAUCGGAGCCACCCUCGCCGCCCGCAAACAGACGCGGGUGAAUUCCCAUCAGGAGCUGAUUGCCAUAGGCGCAGCCAACAUCGGCGCAGCCUUCACCGGUGCUUAUCCAGUGGCAGGCAGUUUUUCACGCUCCAGCGUGAACUAUCUCAGCGGUGGCCGCACCCCGGUCAGCAGCCUGGUUUGCGCGGCGGUGAUUGUAAUUGUGCUGUUGUUUUUCACCCAGUUAUUCAGCGCCCUGCCGCAUGCGGUCCUGGCUGCCAUCGUGAUGGUAUCUGUGGUGGGUCUGAUGGAUCUGAAAAGCUCACGGCAUCAUUGGGCUAUUCACCGCCACGACACCCUGACAGAAAUUGCGACCAUGCUGAUGGUGCUGUUUCUUGGCGUAGAAGUUGGACUGGCUGCUGGGGUACUGUUGUCUAUUGCGUUUUUCAUCCGCACCUCAAGUCGACCCAACAUCACCCAGGUAGGACGACUGGCCGACACCGAACAUUUCCGUUCUAUCAAACGCUAUGAUGUCGAAACGCUGCCCGGCGUCCUGGCCCUGCGCGUGGACGAAAAUAUUUACUUUGCCAAUGCAGUGCAGAUUGAAGACAAAUUCCUGAAGCGCGCCCAACGACGCAAAGGCACCAAACACGUUCUGAUAGUCUGUGGCUCCGUGAAUAUGAUCGACGCCACCGGCCUGCAGAUGUUGAUUCGGCUGAACAAUAACCUCAAACAGGCGGGCAUUACUUUGAGCUUGAGUGAUUUGAAAGGCACACUGUUGCCACACUUGAAUGCAGCAGGCCUGGACAAGAUUAUCACCGGACAGAUCUUUUUCAGCACAGAUCGGGCGAUGCGGUAUUUUGCUGAGGAAGCUCGAGCACAGGCUGAAGAUAACAAAGCCCAGGCAGACGCCGACCCAUACAUUACCGGCCACGCCAAUCGCGCAAUAUUUGUGGUUAUCGCGGUGCUGCUGAGUCUGAUUACCCUGUUUGCACUGUUCGAAGAGAUGGAUGAAAGUCAGACGACCUACGGAUUGUGGGAAGCGGGCCUCUAUGUCUUGCAGACGCUGCCUCGACGCUUCGAUGAAAUCCUCGUCUACGGCCUGUUUUUAGGUUACCUGAUUGCGCUGGGCAGUCUCGCUGAAACAAACGAACUCACUAUAUGUCGCGUGUCGGGUAUGUCUGCGCAACGCCUCUGUCUGGCGCUCGCCCCGUCUAUGAUUCUAUGGCUGUCGUUAAGUGUCAUCGUUGCUGAAUUCAUUGCACCUGCCAGUGAACGGACCGCUGAAGUCGGCAAGCUGCAGGCACAAUAUGGCGACGACGCAUUAGGUUUAAUGGGCGGCUUAUGGUUACGGGACCAGCAGCUGUACAUGCGAUUGAACGCCAUUGACGAAGAAGGUCAGAUCUGGGGCGUUGAGCAACUCUGGCUCAAUGAAGACAAGCAACUGCAAACAACCAUAUCUGCGGCUUCCGGACGCUACUCUGAACCCGAACAGAUGUGGUUACUCCAGGAUGUCGUCAAAACCGAGCUGAUUAACGGCGCAGCCACCCAGGAAUCUCUGGAUGAAUGGCAGUGGAAUAAUCCUAUCACGCCAGAGCUGUUGGCGAGCCAGGCCUUUCUCGAACCGAACAAGAUGUCUAUGGCCGCUUUAUACCGGCAGAUCGCCUUUGCCCGCACGCAGAGCCUGGGUGUCUCCGAGUACGAACUGGCAUUCUGGAACCGGGUGUUGAAGCCGCUGACCUUUCUCGGCCUUACACUGUUUGCGCUGGCGGUGGUCAUCGGCCCACUACGCGAGGUGGGCAUGGGAUUACGCCUGACCUUUGGCAUAUUUGCCGGGCUUGGGUUCAAGUACCUGCAGGAUCUGUUUGCGCCUGCAGCCAUCGUCUUCAACAUCCCUGCACUUAUCGCUAUUCUCAUUCCGAUCGCCGUUUACUGGUUUGCGGCAAUCGCACUGAUCCGCGCAGAACUGCGCAUUCCACUGGACGACGUUAAACUGGCUGAACGCUUAGGCUACGACAGCGUCUGGACCGCUGAGGCUUACGGAUCUGACGCCAUUACGCCACUGGCCUUUCUUGCGGCACAUACCGACCGUAUCCGCCUCGGUACAGCCGUGUUGCAACUGGCUGGACGCACACCUGCAAAUACAGCCAUGGCCAUGGCAACCCUCGACAAGCUGGCCGGGGGCAACCGUGUGAUCUGCGGUUUAGGCGUCUCCGGGCCACAAAUUGUAGAGGGCUGGUAUGGCCAGCCCUGGGGAAAACCUUACUACCGGUUAAAAGACUAUGUCGCCAUCAUGAAAAAAAUCUGGGCGCGAGAAGAACCGGUCACCCACGAUGGCAAAGAAAUUUCAUUGCCUUAUAAAGGCGAAGGCGCCUUGGGCAUUGGCAAACCUCUGAAAUCCAUUCUGCAUAUGAACCCGAAUAUCCCGGUGUUCCUCGGUACCGGUAUGGAAGCAACCGUGCGCAUGACUGCUGAGGUUGCCGAUGGCUGGCUGCCACUGGGUUUUGUUCCGGAAACCGCCCACCUGUAUGACGACUGGAUCAAUCAGGGCCUGGAAAAAGCGGGCAAAGAUGCAGAUCAGUUUGAACGCCAGGCCAUGGCCCAGGUGCGGGUCACAGAGGAUGUGCAAGGUGCGCUGGACUCGAUGAAACCGGGCAUUGCCCUCUACGUUGGCGGCAUGGGCCAUAAAAACAUCAACUUCCACAAGGAAAUGAUGGUACGUCGCGGGUUUGGUGAUGCGGCAGAGCGCAUACAGGAACUUUACCUGGCCAAACGCAAAGACGAAGCCAUCGCUGCGGUACCCGAUGAAUUUGUCGACAGCGGCGCGUUGAUCGGACCUAAAGAUCGCAUCGCCCAACGUUUUAAAGCCUGGGAGAACAGCGGUAUCACCGGCCUGACCAUCAGCGGCAACACCGAAGCCAUUACAACAAUGGCGGAAGUUGCUCGACUGAAUUUUGCCUCGGCAGAUGCGAAGGCCUGA